AAAGUGAUGAGGUCGGAUUUCUCACUGUACCUGCUAUCAGGCCAUCAAAAUCCUUCGGCAGCGGACCUCGCCAAACAGCGCAACAUCGGAACCAAGGGACCGAGGUUUGCCGAUGAUUCUCAAGAUCAAUCAUCAGAUUUGUAAGAGGAUGCCUAUUCGCCAUUCUUAUGUAGCCCAUUCUUCUCAGUAGACUUCAGAAAUAGCAACGUGAACAUCAAAUAAACAGACAAGAUGACUUCGUUUGGGACCCUUUAUACAUAUAUGCCUAAUGCGAGAGUUUUCAAGAUUCUCGCUGCAGCAAAACUCAACAAUCUCAUCAUUGAGAUUCCUGCUUAUCAACACGGGGUGACCAACAAGUCAGCAGAGUUUCUCUCCAAAUUCCCAGCUGGAAAGGUCCCAGCGUUUGAGGGCCCUGAUGGCUUCUGUCUCGUGGAAUCUGACGCUAUCGCUCAGUAUGUAGCCCAGUCAGGCCCUCAAGCAAGUCAGCUGCUUGGCCAAGAUGCCAUGAGCUCCGCCAAGAUCAGACAAUGGAUUUCUUUCUUUGCUGAAGAGAUCUACCCUACUGUCCUUGACCUUGUUAUGUGGCGCGUAGGGUUAGGAGCAUUUGAUGAAACUACCGAGAUAAAGGCACUGGCUCAGCUGGCAUAUGGUUUAUCGGUACUUGAGAAGCAUCUGAACCCUGGUAUAUUGCUUACUGGAGAUGAACUGACGCUUGCUGAUCUAACUGGUGCUUCUACUCUCUUGUGGGCUUUCAUGCACAUAAUUGAUGAGCCCAUGAGGCAGCAGUAUCCGAAUGUCGUCGCUUGGUACUUGAAGGUUGUUCAAAAUGAGGAAGUUAAGGAAGUUUUUGGGAAGCCCAAUUUGAUCGAGAAGAGACGUAUUGGGGCCAAGUGAUGUUAAUUUGGCAUAUUACAGUAAGAUUAUCUCCAGCUUUGAGGCGCAUACAAAAAGCUUUCUUGUGCUGCAUUCCAGUAGACUAAGCGUUUAAGCAAAUGCAAAUGCAGUACGGAGAAACAUUACUUAGAAUGUUAAGAGAUAAAUAUAAAUAAAUCAAAAUAAAAAGAAUAUCUAGUCAGGCAAAGUAUACAACGA